AAGAGAAGCGAGACGUGAGGAGAAAAGCGAGAGGGGGGAGUGUUGAGGUGAGGUUAGCGUGGGAUGAGAGAAAAGAGAGGAGAGAGAGUGAGGAGAGAAGAGAGGGAGGAGAGAGGAGAGAGUUGAGAGGUUGGAGUGGGAGGAGAGAAAAGAGAGGGGAGGAGGGUAGAGAGGAAGAGGGAGGAGAGAAAAGAGAGGGGGAGGAGGGUAGAGAGAGAGAGGAGGCUGGCAGCUUGUUCUAAUAAAGAGCCUGCUGAUAGAUAGAGGUGCAGCGUAAGGGUGGAGGAGAGAGCAGUGUGUGAGAAAGAGAGCGAGGUAGGGAAGAAGGGGAGAGAAAGGGAGGAGAGGAGAGAGGAAAGGAAGGAAGAUAGAGAGCAAAGAGAGCCGUUUGUGUGUCAGAGACAAGAGGGGAGAGAGAGGGAGGGGGAAGGUUAUAGAGAGCAAGAGGGGAGAGAGCGGGAGGGGGAAGGUUAUAGAGAGCAAGAGGGGGGAGAGAGAGAGAGAAUAGAAAGACUAUUAUACCACUGCUAAGUUAUACAGACCAUGGCUGAACAGAGAGAGACGAAAGGAAAGAACGCCUGGCAUAAGGCUGUGAUCAUCAUCACAGCGCUUGGUAUCAUAGCGAUAGUUGCCCUGGUGACAACAGCAGUGUUGCAGAACAAGCCUCUCCUACAGAAGUACAAGUAUGGGAUCGUCCUGGAUGCUGGCUCCUCACAUACAGCAGUGUAUAUCUACGAGUGGCCGGCAGAGAAGGAUAACGACACUGGAAGAGUGCAGCAGACACACGCCUGCAAAGUCGAAGGUGCUGGUAUCUCGAGCUACUCUGUGUUUCCAGGGCAGGCAGGGGCGUCUCUGAAGAGCUGUAUGAAGGAAGCAGAGCGCCUCAUCCCCCUAAGCAGGCACCACGAGACUCCCCUCUACCUGGGGGCCACCGCCGGAAUGAGGCUGCUCAGGAUGGAGAACCAGAGUGUGUCUGAUCAGGUGCUUUGGUCGGUAGAGGAGGUGUUGCAGUCCUCUCCGUUCUCCUAUCAGGGCGCUCGCAUCAUCACAGGCCAGGAGGAGGGAGCCUUCGGCUGGGUCACUGUUAACUACCUGAGUGACCGACUGAAACAGGUGAGAACCUUGGUGUUGAAACACUGCUCAUCCAUAAUGUUUGCACCCCGGUGACGAAUGCGGGAUGUG